UCAAGAAUGCUCGAGAGACCUGUUCGCACACAGGUCAAUACAUAGGAGUGAGCGCGUCAGGCGCAUGUGGUCCUCACUUUGUCCCUCCCGACAGCCAGCAUGUUUGCUGACGGAUCGACACCGACCACACACGGACCUGCAGACACCACACACACAUCAUGAUGAUACAAGCAUACGUACAGAUCUGUGUCUGUGUGCGCCUGGUCGCUUACCAUCUCGUUUUGUGUCAUUUUCCCUGGACUUGAUCUGUUGGCCGAGUAUGCCACGUCAGCCGUGCCCGUGGCGACGUCCAACACACGGUCAGACGGCUCAAACUAAACACAAACAGACAGUGAGACACCGGUGUGUGUGUAUGUGCGCAUGGGUGAGAGUGCGUCCAACCUGCAGAGUGUGCACAAGCCGCCUUCUCCAUGCCCUGUCCAUGCCCAUCGACAUGACGCGAUUCACAAAGUCAUAACGAGGCGCCACCGCAUCAAACAUCCCGCAUGCACGCCACACAAACACAGGCAGAUGCAUGAAUCACGCGCAUCUGCCUGAAAGGCGCAGAAAGAAAUGCAUGAGCGCAUCGGCUCUGCCCACCUGCCGCUCCCCAUUGCAGCCUCGCUCUGCCCUUUGUUGCCGUCGCCAUCAUUCAGCCGCCUUCUCAACCAGGCCCUCUCGCCCUUUCCAAGAUCAACAGCCUCGCUCAUGCGCAGCAGCAGGAGAUGCACCACACACGCCAACAGUGAUAUCACCAUGACGCGCCGAGAU